AUGGCUACUCUCUCUCUUCACUCCCAUUCCUUCUUCCUCCUCCUUAUUCUCCUUCCGGUGAUAUUUAAUCUCCGACAUCACUUAGCGGUGGCCGGAGGAUGUCAAUAUCCACCGGUGAUCUUUAAUUUUGGAGAUUCCAACUCCGACACAGGUGGACUGGUCGCCGGACUCGGCUACACCAUCAACCUCCCUUAUGGCCGCUCGUUCUUCCGGCGUUCCACCGGCCGUUUGUCCGACGGACGACUCGUCAUCGAUUUCCUCUGCCAGAGUUUGAAUACAAGUCUAUUGAAUCCGUACUUGGACUCAAUGGUUGGAUCAAAGUUCCAAAACGGCGCUAAUUUCGCAAUCGUUGGAUCAUCCACUCUUCCUAGAUAUGUUCCUUUCGUUCUCAACGUUCAGCUCAUGCAGUUCCUCCAUUUCAAAUCCCGAGCACUCGAGCUUGCUUCUACUUCAGAUCCUUUGAAAGAAAUGAUGAUAAGCGAGAGCGGAUUCAGAAACGCGCUCUACAUGAUCGAUAUUGGUCAGAAUGAUAUUGCGGAUUCAUUUUCGAAAGGCCUUUCUUACUCGAGGGUUGUUAAGCUGAUUCCAAACGUUAUUUCCGAGAUCAAAAGUGCCAUAAAGACAUUGUAUGAUGAAGGAGGGAGGAAAUUUUGGGUUCACAACACUGGUCCAUUAGGUUGUCUGCCUCAGAAACUUUCAAUGGUUCAGAGCAAAGAUUUCGAUAAGCACGGUUGUCUAGCGAAACAUAACUCAGCUGCAAAACUGUUCAACGAGGGAUUGGAUCAUAUGUGUCGGGAGCUAAGGAUCGAGCUGAGAGAGGCAAACAUAGUCUAUGUCGACAUUUAUGCCAUUAAGUAUGAUCUCAUCGCAAACUCUACCAAUUACGGCUUUGAGAAACCGUUAAUGGCGUGUUGCGGAUUUGGAGGUCCUCCUUACAACUACAAUGUGAACAUAACGUGUGGGCACGGUGGCUCUAACGCCUGCGAGGAAGGGUCUCGGUUUAUAAGCUGGGAUGGAACACAUUACACGGAGACGGCUAAUGCCAUUGUAGCCAUGAAAGUAUUGUCGAUGCAAUACUCCACACCACUUACUCCGUUUCAUUUCUUCUGCGGAGGAUGA